UGAUCCGGUUGGUCAUCCUGACGUUUGACCGCGGGAUUUUGCACAAUUAUUUCUGAAUGAUGAUUUUCUCUUACAUGUUUCAGUGAUUUUGUUGCUUAUUUUGGUUUAUUUUGUUUUUUUUCACUCAUUUGCAUACUUGUUUGCAUGAAAAUGCAUAAACAAAAUUGAAAAUGGCGGAUUUCGUACUAAUUUUUUUUUUUUCAGAGCGAAAGGGAAAGCCGUGAGAAUGCCUUGCUCUGUGGCUCACUAUCUCCAGCACAAAUGGCACCAGCCGAAGUGGCACCAGUCCAAGUGGCACCAGUCCAAGUGCCUCCAGCCCAGAUGCCACCAGCACAAGUCCGCAGCAGUCUGCUGCAAAUUCCCCACGGCUACCGUCGUACGGAGCAUAUCCAUCAGCUGAUGGAGAAUUUACAGCAACAAAUGGAUGUUCUGCAAAGGCAGGCUGAAGAAGCCGAUAAAGAGGAAGGACGAGGAGCAGGACAACAAGAGAUCGGACGAGCAAGAGAUCAAUGGGCAGGACGAGGAAGAGAACAAGGAGCAGGUCGAGGAAGAGGACAAGCGGCAGGGCGAGGAAGCAGGGGACCAGAGAGGAAGAAUCGAGAAGGAAAAAAAAGGAGAAGCGGGAUGCGGCGUAAGUGGUGUUUACACACACACACAGGCACACACAUUCAUCUUUCCCGGCUACAUGAUUUAUGUAAUAUCUGUUGCCUGCUUGUUAAUUGUAAUAACCUUUCUCCUUCAGCUAUUGGAAAUCACAAUAUUUUCAAUCCAGGAAUGAUCGUCGAGGUCCUCCACCUCCUCCUGGAGCAGGUCAAGGCAUGUUUGGCAAAGGCUCAGUGUUUUAUUUGAAUUGUGGAUAAAAUACUGAGUCUUGCUUUUAUUAGUUCCUACCCUCUCUGAUAUCAUAGCAUAUUUUUCAUAUUUUCCUAAAUCCAAGUAAGUCUCAAUUGCCCCAUUUCCUUGAAAUUGAAUUAAUAAUCAAUAUUUUUAACUUUAUUUCUCUCUUUCAGGUUUUCAUAUCUAUAUAUU